CCCCGCCCACAGCCACCUUCGCCGUGAAGAAAAACAGUGACGUCGUGUUGGCAAUGGUGCUCCAGGGACGCCCCGCCCACACCUUCUCCAUCCAGGUCACGCAGAUUGCUUGCGACGAAAUACAAGUGUUCCAUUCCCCCACCUACGCCGGCAUCCGCAACCUGGACGGGGAGAAGUACACGCCCACGACCAAGAAGCCCAGUUUCUUGAUCAAGCCCAUCGCGGGCCAGCCGGGGGAGGGGGCGACGACCCCCGAGAGCACGACGACCCCCGAAGACGUGACCGAGGAACCGACCACCGUGGGACCUCCUGACGAGAGCGAGGAGGAGGACGAGAAGGAGGAGGGAGGGGAGGGGGAGGAGGGGGCGGCGACGGAGGCCACGGUUCGAGAGGGACCCACGACCCUCACGCCCGGGACCAUUCCUUCGCCCAAACCCAGUGAUGUUUUAAUCCGCGCCCAACAGCUGGAAUUGGAGGAUGAUGGCGUAUACUUGGAAACCAUUGACGUCACGCCCGCCAUUUCUGCCUUCAGGAGAGCCUUCGAGCUCCGAGUCAGUGACAGGUGCUGGCAGUAUGAAACCGGGACACAAGCAGCAUUCAGAGUCAUCGGCGGAGGAUACACCAGGAUUAACGAAUAUCCUUGGCAGGUGGCUCUGGUGUACCGAAAUAAGUUCUUCUGUGGCGGUUCCCUGAUUAGCGACAGACACGUCCUCACUGCUGCACAUUGCGUGUUUGGGAGCUUCUCUCGAGGCAUCAGCCAACUCAGAGUCAGCAUUGGAGACCACGACAUCUCCACCAAGAACGAGACGGAGCAUAUUGUUGGCAAAGUGAAGCACGUGCACUGGAACCUCCACUACAACCCCCACUCGACCGUCCACGACAUCGCCCUCAUGGAGCUGGAGGAACCGGUGUCCUUCCGUUACGGCGUCAGCGCGGUGAAGCUCCCCUCGGACCUCGGGUGACUCCGGCGGCCCUCUGGUGGCGUGUACCGGCGUGCAGUGUACCCAGAUCGGCGUCGUAAGCUUUGGAUUCCCUAUGUGCACCAACGUAGGCCUACCUGCCGUCUUCACCCGCGUGUCCCACUACAAAUCGUGGAUUGACAUGAACCUCACGCCCUUGGAUAUUGUUUAGAACCUCGGGAGGGUAGAGAGAGGUUCGAAAAUUUGGAAAAAAGAGGAUGUUAAGUCGGGGUUGUGUCCGUUGUCAACAAGGGGGGAGUGUUGGUAAUGCUGGUAUUCGUGACGUGCGUUUCUUUAUUUUAUUUUUUUUUAUCGCUAUUGUUAUUAUUAUUAUGAUGGUUAUCAUUUAUUAUUAUCUGUUAUUAUGAUGAGGGUUGACUUUUACAUAUAGAUCUUUGCAUGGCACUAUUGAUAUGAGAUAUGUAAGGUUUAUAUGAAAAUUUGACAAAAUAAAAUAAUCCUGAAUGCGCAAAAAUAAUUUUAAACCUUAUACACAUAUGUAUAGAUAUAUAAAUAAUUAUAUACGUAUAUAUAUGGAUUUAUAAAUAUAUAUAUAUACUUAUAUAAAUAAAUACUGUAUGUAUAUGUACAUAUAGUUUCCCUAUAACAUCUGUCACCCAAGAAAUUUAAUAAAGACAAACACGAAACAAAAUACACAUUUGUUCCCCUUAAUUAUUGUUCAGCGCCAUUUAAUAACAGGAACUUACCUUGGAAAGUAUUAUCUCUGGGGCAUUAUAUCGCAUCACUGAUUGUUCAUUUGUUCAGGAUAUCAGCUACUUCCUGUUAUGUUUUUGUACCUUAAGUCAUCCCUUUUUGUUAAUUUUGUAUAAUCAUUCAUAUAUCUUAUUAUAUGUAAAGAUAAU